AUGACAGAUCCCAGUAACAAGAAUCCCCACAUACGCGAGGUGUGGGCAGGGAACCUUGAAGAUGAAUUCAAGUUGAUACGUAAUCUCAUAGACGAUUAUCCCUACGUGGCCAUGGAUACCGAAUUUCCUGACGAGAAUGGUAAUCUACCACAAUGCGGGAACAGACCUUGUGCGUGGCAAUUCAACUUCAAAGACUUCAAUCUGGAAACUGACGUGUACGCCUUAGACUCCAUCGAACUCCUGAAGCGAAGUGGUAUUCAGUUCGAGAAGAACACCAAACAUGGCGCUGACGCACGUACAUUUGCCGAGCUUUUAAUGUCAUCGGGAGCCGUUUUGAAUGACCAGAUGACGUGGGUUACAUUUCACAGUAGUUACGACUUUGCCUACUUGUUGAAGUUGCUCACGGGCCGUAAUCUGCCGGACAAAGAGUCCGAAUUUCAUUCCCUGCUGAAGAUUUUCUUCCCCAACUUCUACGACAUCAAGUACGUGACGAAGUUCUGUGGCAAUCUUUACGGCGGGUUGAAUCAAGUUGCCGAUUUACUGGCGGUGGAAAGAGUCGGGCCUUGCCAUCAAGCGGGUUCUGAUAGCUUGCUCACAUCUGAUACGUUUCACAAGCUGAGACACACAUUCUUGCAGGACUGCAAAUUCUUAUCACAGCACGCAGGUGUGCUAUUUGGACUGGGAGAGGAUAAAACUGAGUCAAACCUGCCUUUGUAA